CAGCAGCUCAAGAGAGAGAUGUGACCACACGCGCUGUGAUUUCAGGGAAUGUCUGCUGUUAGGAUGAUCAUGGCCGGACUUGAGCGCAACAAACAUUCGUCUCUCCUACAAUCAAGAUGGAGCUGAUUUGACAUCUGACACCAUGAGGAUGCUGAUUUUAAGAAUGAAUUUCUUCAUUGUUUUCUUGCUGUUCUGCACGCGUCUCCACUUGUCCACCGAGAGGUCGGCGGUUUCCAGAGCGGCGUCUCGCUCGGUGGCCAGGAUGGAUGGAGAUAUCAUCAUCGGCGCUCUGUUUUCCGUCCAUCACCAGCCGUCGGCGGAAAAGGUGGCAGAACGAAAGUGUGGCGAGAUCAGAGAACAAUACGGCAUCCAGAGAGUGGAAGCCAUGUUUUACACACUGGAUAGAAUAAACUCUGAUCCAUACCUCCUUCCCAACAUCACUCUGGGCUGUGAGAUCCGGGACUCCUGCUGGCACUCCUCUGUGGCUUUAGAGCAGAGUAUUGAGUUCAUCAGAGAUUCUCUCAUCUCUAUUCGGGAUGAAAGAGAAGGACCAAAGUGGUGCGUUGAGGGAAAUCCUUCUGCUCAGCCGCCGGCCACUAAGAAACCCAUCGCUGGUGUGAUCGGACCGGGAUCCAGUUCUGUGGCCAUUCAGGUUCAGAAUCUGCUGCAGCUGUUUAACAUCCCCCAGAUCGCAUACUCAGCUACUAGCAUUGAUCUGAGCGAUAAAACACUGUAUAAGUACUUCCUCAGGGUCGUGCCCUCUGACACUCUUCAGGCCAGAGCUCUGCUGGACAUCGUGAAACGCUACAACUGGACGUAUGUGUCUGCGGUUCACACAGAGGGAAACUACGGUGAGAGUGGGAUGGAGGCCUUUAAGGAGCUGGCGUCUCAGGAGGGUCUCUGUAUCGCCCACUCCGACAAGAUCUACAGUAACGCCGGUGAGAAACACUUUGACCGGCUGCUCAGGAAACUACGGGAGCGUCUGCCCAAAGCUCGUGUAGUGGUGUGUUUCUGCGAGGGAAUGACAGUUCGUGGACUCCUCAUGGCCAUGAGACGCCUCGGGGUAGCUGGAGAAUUCCUCCUCAUCGGCAGUGACGGCUGGGCGGACAGAGAUGAGGUGGUGGAGGGAUAUGAAGAGGAGGCUGUGGGCGGCAUCACGGUCAAACUGCAGACGGAGGAGGUCACGUCCUUCAAUGACUACUUCCUGAAGCUACGGCUCGCCACCAACAAUAGAAACCCCUGGUUUGCUGAAUUCUGGCAGCAUCGCUUCCAGUGCCGCCUCGCGGGACAUCCACAAGAAAACACAAAUUAUAGGAAAAACUGCUCAGGUUAUGAAAGCUUGGAGGACAACUACGUCCAGGACAGUAAGAUGGGUUUCGUCAUCAAUGCCAUCUACGCCAUGGCUCAUGGUCUUCAUGAUAUGCAUGAGCACUUGUGUCCGGGUCACGUGGGUCUGUGUGAGGAGAUGGACCCCAUCGACGGCAGCAAACUCCUGGACUUCCUCCUCAAGACCUCAUUUGCUGGUGUUUCUGGGGAAGACGUGUGGUUUGAUGAAAACGGGGACUCGCCAGGCAGGUAUGACAUUAUGAACCUGCAGUAUGUAGAGCCUGGAGUCUUCGACUAUAUAAACGUAGGCUCGUGGCAUGAAGGCAUUUUGAGCAUCGAUGAUUAUAUGAUCCAGAUGAACCGCAGUGAGAUGGUCCGUUCUGUCUGCAGCGAGCCCUGCUCCAAGGGAGAGAUCAAGGUGAUCAGGAAAGGAGAGGUGAGCUGCUGUUGGAUCUGUACACCUUGUAAGGACAAUGAAUAUGUCCAGGAUGAGUUUACCUGCAAAGCCUGUGAAUUGGGAUGGUGGCCGGAUGAAGAGCUGCAAGUCUGUGAGCCUCUUCCUCUGCGCUACCUGGAGUGGAGUCAUCCAGAAUCCAUUGCGGCAGUCGUCUUUUCAUGCCUCGGCAUCCUAGUGACCAGCUUUGUCACCUUAGUCUUCAUCCUAUACCGAGACACGCCGGUCGUCAAGUCCUCGAGCCGUGAACUCUGCUACAUCAUCCUGGCCGGCAUCUUCCUGGGUUACAUUUGCCCCUUCACGCUCAUCGCUCGUCCCUCAAUAGCCUCCUGUUACCUCCAGCGGCUCCUCGUGGGCCUUUCUGCCUCCAUGUGCUACUCGGCUCUGGUCACCAAAACCAAUCGCAUCGCUCGAAUUCUGGCCGGCAGCAAAAAGAAAAUAUGCACACGCAAACCACGCUUCAUGAGUGCCUGGGCGCAAGUGGUGAUCGCCUUCAUCCUCAUCAGCAUGCAACUGACUUUAGAGGUGACACUGAUCAUUUUGGAGCCUCCAGAACCCAUCAAGUCCUACCCCAGCAUCCGAGAGGUUUUUCUAAUAUGCAAUACCAGCAAUAUGGGAAUGGUGGCGCCACUUGGCUACAACGGUUUGCUCAUUCUCAGCUGCACAUAUUAUGCGUUUAAAACUCGUAACGUCCCUGCUAACUUCAACGAGGCCAAGUACAUCGCCUUCACCAUGUACACCACCUGUAUCAUCUGGUUGGCCUUUGUGCCGAUUUACUUCGGCUCCAACUAUAAGAUCAUCACCACGUCCUUUUCUGUGAGUCUCAGCGUCACCGUGGCUCUCGGCUGCAUGUUUACGCCAAAAAUGUAUAUAAUCAUCGCCAAGCCGGAGAGGAACGUUCGCAGCGCAUUUACCACCUCGGAUGUGGUGCGGAUGCAUGUGGGAGAUGGAAAAAUUGCGUGUCGGAGCAACAGCCUGCUAAACAUGUUCAAACGCAAGAAGAACGCAUCUGGAAAUGCCAAUUCUAAUGGAAAGUCUGUGUCAUGGUCUGAACCAGGUUCAAGACAUCCUCCGAAAGGGGAGCACAUGUGGCACAGACUGUCUGUACAUGUGAAGAAGCAGGAAGCCGGAUCCAAUCAGACGGCCAUCAUCAAACCGCUAACUAACACCUACAAUAACCCGGGCAUGGAGUUUUCCGAUUUAAGCACCAAGACUCUAUAUAACGUAGCCGAGGAGGACGAAAUCGACCCCAUCAGAUACAACCCCUCAAACAGCCCUCAUCUGAUGGCUCCUGUUAGCAAGCCUAUGAAGGAGGUGGGCGCAAAUCUAACGUUUUACACCCCCGAGCAGCACGUGCCACAACAGAACAGUGUUCUCCCCCAACAUGCCAUGAUAGAGCACUUUCAGGAUGAUGUAGUCAAGUAUAAUUCAAACAUGGCCGAUUUGGAUGAAAUCAUAAGCCUUCCUGAACCAACCGAUGGCAUCAUUUUGGCACUUCAGCCUCAAGUUUUGCAUCCUCAUCCGAUUUUACCCAUGAACGUUUAUCAGGAUGAACCAUCUUCUCCUUUGGAGGAGGUGGAAAACGAACAAUUCGGGCUCCUUCACGGAUACAUGUAUGAUAACGCGCAGAUUCACGACGAGGAGGAGUUGGUGCAAAUCAAAAUGGCUAUGGAGGAUUCAAUGGCGCUCAUGCCGCCUUCUCCAUUUCGGGAUUCUUUGGGCUCAGGAAGUCCCGUUCGCAAUUCUCCAGUGUCUGAGUCUGUUUUGUGCACACCGCCGAGCGUCACCUACGCCUCCGUCAUCCUCCGGGACUAUAAGCAAAGCUCCUCCACGCUUUGAAAUGGAUUUACCGCAGCUUUUUGUGAUUUAAUAUUAGAUACUAGUUUGUUUGAAGACUUGUGUGACUUGAAUCGCCUGCACUGGAAAGCUUUAAUAUUGUUGUUCAAUGAGGUAAAGUUUGAUAAAGGCAGUGAGUGUGUUGAGCAGGGUCCAAAAUUAACACUGGAAGAAGUUUUUUUGUGCAAUAUGUAGAUUUUUUUUAAUGAGCUG